GUGGUGUACUGUUUAUCCUGACGUCAGUUAGCACGUCUUGCUCUACUGCUGCUGUCUCGUAACUACGUUUCAGAAAGAAUUAGGGAAUCGAUAGGCUGGAGAAAACAGUUUGCACAUCGGCCCUUGCGGAGUCACUGAAAUUAUUUAUGCAUCUAUUCCAAACUGGACUAAAACAGCACAAUGAACAACUGUGCAUUUCUACUGAUCCUGGCCGUUCAAAUCUACGCCGAAGGCAUAGAGGGACCAACAGCAGCAGGCUGCACCUUUGACGAGGAUUCUGAGCCCAGUCUGUGUGACUUCACCCAAGGGGAGGAGGAUGACUUUGACUGGCAGCUCUUCAGGACACACAACUCACCCUACGCCUCUUCUGACCUCCUGCGUGGUUCCUAUAUGCUGGUGAACUCUUCCCAGCAUGCUGCAGGGCAUCGCGCCCAGCUCCUGCUGCAGACGCUGAGUGAAAACGACACACACUGCGUCCAGUUCAGCUACUUCCUGUACAGCCGCGAUGGCCACAGCCCAGGGGCACUGCGAGCGUACGUUCGGGUCAACGGCGGCCCGCUGGGUAGCCCAGUAUGGAACACGUCAGGGUCCCACGGACCACAGUGGCACCAAGUGGAGCUGGCUGUCAGCACCUUCUGGCCCAAUGAGUACCAGGUCCUGAUCGAAGCAACUGUUUCCAGGGAGCGGCGAGGCUACAUCGCCAUUGAUGACAUCAUGCUCCUGACCUAUCCCUGUUAUAAGGCGCCCCACUUCUCCCGGCUGGGGGAUGAGGAGGUCAACGCUGGGCAGAAUGCCACCUUCCAGUGUGUGGCAUCGGGCCGGGCAUCGGAAGCUGAGAAGUUCCUACUGGAGAGGCACAGUGGGGACGUGACAUCUACAGCCUUGGUCAAGCACCUGAGUCACCGGCGCUUUGUGGCGUCAUUACAGGUGGACAGUGUGCAGUGCAACAACCAGGACCUGUACCGAUGUGUCACCCAGUCCUCCAGGGGCUCUGGGGUCUCCAACUUCGCUGAACUCAUCGUCAAAGUUCCCCCCUCCCCUAUCGCGCCCCCACAGCUGCUGAGAGCGGGCUCCACAUAUCUGAUCAUCCAGCUCAACACCAACUCCAUCCUGGGAGAUGGCCCUAUUAUCAGGAAGGAGAUUGAGUACCGGGCCAGCCAAUCACCUUGGUCUGAGGUCCAUGGGGUCAACAUGGUCACCUACAAGCUGUGGCACCUGGACCCAGACACGGAGUAUCACAUAAGUGUGUUGCUGACCCGGCCCGGAGAGGGCGGCACCGGACCACCUGGACCACCCCUCGUCAGCAGGACUAAGUGUGCAGAACCCACACGGGCCUUGCGAAGUCUCACAGCCUCAGAGAUCCAGUCCAGGCAGCUGACCCUGCAGUGGGAGACGCUGGCCUACAACUUGACCCGCUGCCACACCUACUCUGUGUCCCUGUGCUACCGCUAUGCCACCGCAGGGGGCGGCGGUGGGCACAACACUACUGUGCGUGAGUGCCUGGCGGUUGAGCACAAUGCCUCACGCUUCACCCUGCGUGACCUGCCGGCCUACCACUCCAUCCAGGUCCGUUUGGCGCUCGCCAACCCUGAGGGCAAGAAGGAGGGUCGGGAGGUCACCUUCCAGACUGAAGAGGACAUUCCCGGUGGCAUCACCCCUGAAUCGCUGACCUUCACCCCCCUGGAAGACAUGAUCUUCCUCAAGUGGGAGGAGCCAGUGGAACCCAAUGGUCUCAUCACCCAAUACGAGAUCAGCUAUCAGAGCAUUGAGUCGUCUGACCCAGGCAUCAAUGUGCCAGGACCUAGGAGAACAGUGUCGAAGCUGAGGAACGAGACCUAUCACAUGUUCUCCAACCUUCACCCUGGCACCACAUAUCUGAUUUCUGUCCGUGCUCGCACAACCAAGGGCUUCGGCCAGACCGCCCUAACUGAGAUCACCACCAACAUUUCUGCUCCAAUGUUUGACUAUGGAGACAUGCCGUCCCCUCUGAGUGAAACAGAGAGCACGAUCACUGUGUUGCUUCGCCCCGCCCUGGGCAGGGGAGCACCCGUCAGUACGUACCAGGUUGUGGUAGAGGAGGAGAGUGGCAGGAAGGUGAAGAGGGAGCUGGGGGUUCAGGACUGUUACCCUCUGCCCAUGUCCCAUGGGGAGGCCCAGGCCAGAGGGACCCCCAACUACUACACGGCCGAGCUGCUUCCCAGCAGCUUACCUGAAGCCAGCCCCUUCACCGUGGGGGACAACCACACCUACAAUGGCUACUGGAAUACCCCGCUGGACCCCCGCAAGAGCUACCUUGUCUACUUCCAGGCCAUGAGCAACUUCAGAGGGGAAAGCAGAAUAAACUGCAUCCGAAUAGCCCGCAAAGCGGCCUGUAAGGACCACCGGCGGGCUCUGGAGGUAUCCCAACACUCAGAGGAGAUGGGGCUGAUCCUGGGGGUGUGUGCUGGGGGCCUGGUGGUGCUCAUCUUGCUCCUGGGGGCCAUCAUCAUCAUCAUCAGGAAGGGGAAGCCAGUGAACAUAAAUAACACACCCAUAACGUACCGUCAGGAGAAGAGUCACAUGGGUUCGAUGGAGCGCAGUUUCACUGACCAGAGUACCCUGCAGGAGGAUGAGCGUGUGGCCCUUUCUGCAGCACGCAUGGCACACACCUGCAGCAUGCGCGGUGAGCAGUGUAGCUCAGUGAACGAGUCCAGUAGUCUUCUGGGGGGUUCACCACGACGCCAGUGUGGGCGUAAGGGCUCACCCUACCACACCGGUCAGCUCCACCCUGCUGUGCGCGUGGCUGACCUUCUCCAGCACAUCAACCAGAUGAAAACUGCAGAGGGGUACGGCUUCAAACAGGAGUACGAGAGCUUCUUUGAUGGCUGGGACUGCACCAAAAAGAAGGACAAAACUAAAGGGAGGAAUGACACGUUGAUGGGAUAUAAGUCAUCAUGGACAUGCCAGCCCUCUUGGGACGAAUGCACUGAUCACCGUCAUAAGAUCAGAACGCAGGGUCUGUAUCCUGUGGAGGACAUAGUCAGGGCAAUCAAGGAUGCUCCAAAACCCAAGAACGUGUCUGAGCUCAGGUUGUUCCUGGGCAUGGUGAACUACUGUGACAACCACCACAGAGUCAAGCUCCACCCACUCCUGGGAGACCCCAACUCCGACUACAUCAACGCCAACUACAUAGACGGCUACCAUCGAUCCAACCACUUCAUAGCCACUCAGGGACCCAAACAGGAGACAGUGUAUGACUUCUGGAGGAUGGUGUGGCAGGAGAACUGCUUCAGCAUCGUCAUGAUCACUAAACUGGUAGAGAUAGGCAGGGUGAAAUGCUGUAAAUACUGGCCUGAUGACAGUGAGAUGUAUGGAGACAUCAAGAUUACACUGCUGAAGCUGGACACACUUUCAGAGUACACAGUUCGUACUUUUGCCCUGGAGAGGAUGGGCUACUCAGCUAAACACGAGGUGCGUCAGUUCCACUUCACGUCCUGGCCGGAGCAUGGGGUUCCCUACCACGCCACAGGCCUGCUGGCCUUCAUACGGCGGGUCAAAGCAUCCACGCCCCCCGAUGCUGGACCUGUGGUCGUCCACUGCAGUGUGGGGGCGGGCCGCACAGGCUGCUACAUCGUGCUGGAUGUCAUGCUGGACAUGGCCGAGUGUGAGGGUGUGGUGGACAUCUACAACUGUGUCAAAACCCUCUGCUCACGACGCAUUAACAUGAUCCAGACAGAGGAGCAGUACAUAUUUAUCCAUGAUGCCAUCCUGGAGGCUUGUCUGUGUGGAGAGACGGCAAUCUUGGUGAAUGAGUUUGCACUCAUCUACAAAGACAUGCUGCGUUUGGACUCUCAGAGCAACUCCUCCCAGCUACGAGAUGAGUUCCAGACAUUGAACUCUGUCACCCCUCACCUGGACGUGGAGGAGUGCAGCAUCGCCCUGCUCCCCAGGAACCGGGAGAAGAACCGCAGCAUGGACGUGCUGCCGCCCGACCGUGCCCUGGCAUUCCUGGUCACCACCGAGGGCGAGAGCAACAACUAUAUCAACGCGGCACUCACUGACAGCUUCCACCAGCCCGCCGCUUUCAUCGUCACCCCUCACCCGCUCCCCGGCACCACCGCCGACUUCUGGAGGUUGGUGUUCGACUACGGCUGCACCUCGGUGGUCAUGCUCAACCAGCUCAACCAGUCCAACUCUGCCUGGCCCUGUGUCCAGUACUGGCCAGAGCCUGGUCUGCAGCAGUAUGGGCCAAUGGAGGUUGAGUUCCUGUCCAUGUCAGCUGACGACGACGUCAUCACUCGUCUGUUCUGUGUCAAAAAUGUGACAAGGCCCCAGGAGGGCCAGCUGGUGGUGUGUCAGUUCCAGUUCCUGCGCUGGUCAGCCUACCGCGACGUGCCCGACUCCAAGAAGGCCUUCCUCAGCCUACUGGCUCACGUGCACAAGUGGCAGAGGGAGUGUGGAGAUGGCCGCACUGUUGUCCACUGCCUGAACGGCGGUGGGCGCAGUGGGACAUUCUGUGCCAGCACCAUCCUGCUGGAGAUGAUACAGUACCAGAACAUGGUGGACAUCUUCUACUCCAUCAAGACACUCCGCAACUCCAAACCCAACAUGGUGGAGUCACUGGACCAAUACCGAUUCUGCUACGACCUUAUCCUGGAGUACUUGGACUGCAUAGAAGAUAGCAUGAGAUAGCAAUGUUCCGUAGCUGGUGCGUCUUGUGGGCUGUGACUGCUGACUGGGUUACACACCCUGUGACCCCCUCAACAUUUACUUUAUUGUUUGGAUUAAUGUGCCUAAGGUGUUGUGAAGGACAACAAUAGACAAAAAAGGGGGAAGUGCUCCUCACUUUUAACCCUUUAAUGUACAGCUGUGGUUUCCUCCAUUUUAUUGUUGACGUUGGUUGUUUUCCUGUAUGAUACUUUCAGCUUCGUUUUUGUGCGUUCUUGGUAUUUGCCUCUGGACUGGAGCUCUUUUGUGCUAAAUGUUUCUGUGGUGUCAACGAUGGAGAAAGAUGAGAGAGUACCUGUGGAGAGUUUACCCUGCCUUUCAUAAUUUUUCUUCGAACAUGGAUGGCCCGGGCAGUUUUUUCUCUUGUUGAUGAGAGUCUGGCUCUAAAAACAUAAUUUGACUCUACAUGGAAGUGUUCCGGUCUCUCCAAGAGACACAGCAAAUGCAGUCUACUGUGGUGAAUACAAGAUAUCUCUACCACAAACUGCCUUACCGUCCACUAACACUGGGGGAGAUAUAGUACAACUCAAUGGAAUUAUUUCAAUGGGCUACAUGAAAAACAGUGCUUUGCGUAAUACAUUUUCCAAUUUGGCAGUGCUAUGAUAAAUAGAUGAGAGUCAUCGAGACAGGAGGAAGAAGUACAAUUUUAUGUGUUUGCCACUUUUUGUGAUGGGCCAACCUGGUAUGUCAUAAGACUGAUCCAAUGCCAAUCAAACAGGAUGCCUAACCUGUCACUUAAUUUAAUUGUGUCAAUCCCACAGACUGACUUGAAUCCUGUCUUCACUUUGUUCUACUCCUUCAUGUUGAUACAUGUACAGUGCAUUCGGAAGGUAUUCAGACCCCUUGACUUUUUCCACAUUUUAUUCUGUUACACCCUUAUUCUAAAAUGGAUGACAUACUUUUUUCCCUCAUCAAUCUACACACAAUACCCCAUAAUGACAAAGCAAAAACAGUUUUCUUGAAUUUCUUGCAAAUGUAUAAAAACACCGGAAAUAGCUUAUUUACAUAAGUAUUCAGACCCUUUGCUAUGAGACUCAAAAUUGAGUUCAGGUGCAUCCUGUUUCCAUUGAUCAUCCUUGGGAUGUUUCUACAACUUCAUUGGAGUCCACCUGUGGUAAAUUCAAUUGAUUAAACAUGAUUUCGAAAGGCACACACCUGCCUUUAUAAGGUCCCAAACUAAGUUGAGACAGGAUUGUGUCGAGGCACAGAUCUGGGGAAGGGUACUAAAAAAUGUCUGCAGCAUUGAAGUUCCGCAAGAACACAGUUGCCUCCAUCAUUCUUAAAUGUAAAACGUUUGGAACCAUCAGGAGUCUUCCUAGGGCCUGCCGCUCGGCCAAACUGCGCCAACGGGGGAGAAAGGCCUUGGUCAGGGAGGUGACCAAGAAUCCGAUGGUCACUCUGACAGAGCUCCAGAGUUCCCCCGGGGAGAUGGGAGAACCUUCCAGAAGGACAACCAUUUCUGCAGCACUCCACCAAUCAGGCCUCUAUGGUAGAGUGGCCAGAUGGAAGCUACUCCUCAGUAAAAGGCACAUGAAAGCCUGCUUGGAGUCUGCCAAAAGGCACCUAAAGACUCUCACACCAUGAGAAACAAGAUUCUCUCAUCUGAUGAAAACAAUAUUUAACUCUUUGGCCUGAAUGCUAACCAUAACCUGGCACCAUCCCUACGGUGAACGAAGCAUGGUGGUGGCAGCAUCACGCUUUGGGGAUGUUUUUCAGUGGCAAGGACUGGGAGACUAGUCAGGAUAGAGGGAAAGAUGAACGGAGCAAAGUACAGAGAUUCUUGAUGAAAACCUGCUCCAGAGCGUUCAGGACCUCAAAUUGGAGUGAAGGUUUACCUUCCAAAAGGACAACAACCGUAACCACACAGCCAAGACAGCGCAGGAGUGGCUUUGGGACAAGUCUCUGAAUGUCCUUGAGUGGCCCAGCCAGAGCCCGGACUUGAACCCGAUCCUAACAUCUCUGGAGAGACCUGAAAAUAGCUAUGCUGCGACGCUCCCCAUCUAACCUGACGGAGCUUGAGAGGCUCUGCAGAGAAGGAUGGGAGAAACUCCCCAAAUACAGGUGUGCCUAGCUUGUAGCUUCAUACACAAGAAGACUCAAUGCUGUAAUCACUGUGAAAGUUGCUUCAACAAAGUACUGCGUAAAGGGUCUGAAUACUUAUGUAAAUGUGAAAUUUCAGUGUUUAUUUGUAAUACAUUUACAAACAUUUCUAAAAACCUCUUUUUGCUUUGUCAUUAUGGUGUAUUGUGUGUAGAUUGAUGAUUUAAUCUCCUGUAGAAUAAGUCUGUAAUGUAACAAAAUGUGGAAAAAGUCCAGGGGUCUAAAUUCUUUCCGAAUGCACUCUAUUUGUAAAACCACUGUUCCAAAUGUGGAUGUGUGCAAUAUGAUGACCCUCUUAUGGGGUAGUCUUGAAAGAAGUGCAUAGGUACAGAUAGAUUUAAGAGGCUUAAAGAGAGUAAAGAGAGUUAAAACUGCCACUUUAUCUGUGACCACUUGUCUAUAUGAGCAGUCCUUGUAGGACAUCUGUGUUCUCUAUCUCUAGUUAGAGUUAAACAAACAGGGGGAGUGGAAAACCUGGUUUUACCCAACCGUGACCUUGUUCCACAAUACAGACUGGUGUAACUAACCCUGUCUGUAUGAAAAGCUCGUAUAUGCAUGUUGGAAUGUAUAGACUAUUAUAUGAUCUGUGUUGAGACCCUGAUCUCAAAUUAAAUUAAAAGUGUCUAUAACCCAUAGAACACUAAUAUGAAGCAAAUCCCCUUUGUGAUUUUAAAUAAAACAUUUUGUGGCUAAAUCAAGGGUCAGUAAACCAAUAUUGCAGUCUCUACUAAUACCCACUUUGUGAGAACAUAAGCAGUUCUCAAUAUAUUGCUUUUUCUUUAGAUGAUCUCAGUGUCUUACUGUACUGUAAUGGUGGUGCAAAUGUCACUAUUAUUGACCAGAAGAAGUUCCUCCUCCUAAAAAAGCCAUCUCCAUGCCACCAGAGACUCUGGGUUUGAGCCCAGGCUCUGUCGCAGCCGGCCGCGACCGGGAGGUCCAUGGGGCGACGCACAAUUGGCCUAGCGUCGUCCGGGUUAGGGAGGGCUUGGCCGGUAGGGAUAUCCUUGUCUCAUCGCGCACUAGCGACUCCUGUGGCGGGCCGGGCGCAGUGCACGCUGACCAGGUCGCUAGGUGUUUCCUCCGACACAUUGGUGCGGCUGACUUCCGGGUUGGAUACGCGCUGUGUUAAGAAGCAGUGCGGCUUGGUUGGAUUGUGUUUCAGAGGACACAUGGCUCUCGACCUUCGUCUCUCCCGAGCCCGUACGGGAGUACAAGACAGUACCUACUAACAAUUGGAUACCAUGAAAUUGGGGACAAAAAGGGGGUUAAAAAAAAGCCCUCUCCUUGGGACUGGGAACAUACAAUGAGUGGCAUUCACCCCAACCACGACAGCUAAGACAAACCCAGUCCCUGCUGGUUCUUAAAUCCACGGUCUGGUCAAAGCACCAGGAUGGAGGAAGUGGAGAAAGAGAGUAUUCCAGACCCAAACAGGGUCUUAAAAAUCUGACAGAUGUGCAUAUUGUUUUAUGCAAAACUGGAAGAGGAAAAUGGUGAGGCUUGCUAGUGCAGCACUUCCUGGGUUGUGUUGGGCACUUCAUGUGCAAAAGGCAAUGUUGCUCAUCUUUGGAAUCCCUGGACUCCAAAAGGUAGUGCCUGGACACUUAUUUGAGGUUUAAGAGUAUACGUGUACAUAUAGAUGUAUAUUUAUUGUAUGUUCUGUGACUAAUUACUAUCUGUUUGCCCAGAGUAAAGAUCUACAGUAAGUGACCACAAUGCUGAAUGUACUGUACAUGACCAUCAUUCUAGCCCUGUCUACACCUGGUUAUAACUUGCAUCUUUUGUCCUGAUCUUGUCUACAUUCUGAUUGUGCCCACAUUUUUUGACAGGUGUAGACGAUCCAGACGACACAUUGUGAAUCAGAUCAUCCUGUCCACCUCAGGAGGUAGUCAGACACGAUCUGGAAAUCUGGUCACAAUGCAGACUCAGUGGAUGGAUAACAAACACAUGUUAUUUGAUUUCCGCAUUGUUGGGGUUAGAGCUUGUAAGAAAUGCAUUUCACUGUACUUGAAAAUUGUAAUACCAUGCGUAGACACAUUUCUGGAAGUGUGGGUACAAUCAGAAUGUAGACGAGGACAAAGGACCUAUUUUACCACCAGGUAUAAACGGGGCGUCUGAGUUUAAUGCCAUUGUAUUAUUUGCCACAUUUUGGCACCGAUAUUGGACGUUUUUCUCUGAGUGCCAUUCCAAAACCCUUCCAUCUAAAAAGCACGCCUCUGACCAUCAUCAACGCAUGUGUGAAUCCAAAUGUUCUGCUUCUUCAAAUCAGUUUGCCUUUUUCUUCCACUUCAAAGACAUUCUCAUUGACAUUCAAAUUUCCGUUACUUGGCGCUCUAUUCAAUCUGUAAAGCUGAAGUAUUACAGAUUCUGCCAUAGAAAUGUAAAGGUAAUUCCUGAUUGUGCCGACCUAUGCAGCAUUUACCGUGUUAUGCAGUCUCCGCUAUAAAGCAGGAACAUUACCUUUAAACUUAUAUCACGCUGUAAAGCUGAACUUACUGUGUAUUUCCACAUAGCUGUCACAGUGUGAACUGAACGCAAUUUACGUUUUCAAAGCUCUCAUGAUGCUUUCGCAAUGACAGUAAUUGCUUGAGUGGCCGGCCCCCAUUAGUUCCUUCUUGAGUGUUUCUGUAUGAUAUUGGAACAAGACUACUGUGUUUCUGACCAUGUAUUUGUGGGGCAGGGUGUGUAUGUAAAGAGAGAGAGAGGGAGACAAAAUAACGGAAAUAUAUUUGGGGUUGUGAGCGGGUUUUUGUUCUGAAGAAUAACAACCAUCAACAAUAAAAAAAUGUAUU